CCGCUUGUCCUCCAGGACCCGGCCGGGCGGCACUCGGCGGCUGGCGCGGCUCUGGGCGCCGGGCCCGACGGCAGAGCUGGCGGCUGCCAUGCGGACCCUGCACCCCCUACUCCUCUUCUGCCUGCUCGCCCUGGGUGGGCGCGGGGAUGGCCGCUUGGCCAAUGCCGAGGAGAAGCUGAUGGACGACCUCCUGAACAAGACACGCUACAACAACCUGAUCCGCCCAGCCACCAGCUCCUCGCAGCUCAUCUCCAUCCACUUGCAGCUGUUGCUGGCCCAGCUCAUCAGUGUGAAUGAGCGAGAACAGAUCAUGACCACCAACGUCUGGCUGAAACAGGAAUGGACUGACUACCGCCUGGCCUGGGACAGCUCCCGCUAUGAGGGCGUCAACAUCCUGCGGAUCCCGGCCAAGCGCGUCUGGCUGCCGGACAUUGUGCUUUACAACAACGCCGACGGGACCUACGAGGUGUCGGUCUACACCAACGUGGUGGUGCGCUCCAAUGGCAGCAUCCAGUGGCUGCCGCCGGCCAUCUACAAGAGCGCCUGCAAGAUCGAGGUGCGGCACUUCCCCUUCGACCAGCAGAACUGCACGCUCAAGUUCCGCUCCUGGACCUACGACCACACGGAGAUCGACAUUCUGCUCAUGUCACCCUGGGCCAGGGUGGACGACUUCACGCCCAGCGGCGAGUGGGACAUCGUGGCCCUCCCCGGGCGCCGGACGGUGGACCCGCACGACCCCACCUACGUGGACGUGUCCUACGACUUCAUCAUCCGCCGCAAGCCGCUCUUCUACACCAUCAACCUCAUCGUGCCGUGCGUGCUCAUCACCUCGCUGGCCAUCCUGGUCUUCUACCUGCCGUCCGACUGCGGCGAGAAGAUGACGCUGUGCAUCUCGGUGCUGCUGGCCCUCACCGUCUUCCUGCUGCUCAUCUCCAAGAUCGUGCCGCCCACCUCGCUGGACGUGCCCCUCAUCGGCAAGUACCUCAUGUUCACCAUGGUGCUGGUCACCUUCUCCAUCGUCACCAGCGUGUGCGUGCUCAACGUGCACCACCGCUCGCCCAGCACGCACACCAUGGCGCCCUGGGUCCAGCGCUGCUUCCUGCACAAGCUGCCCGCCUUCCUCUUCAUGACGCGGCCCGCCGGCCCCGACAGCGGCGGUGACCCCCACGGUGGCCCCGCGCGGGCCCCCUCAGCCCGCGGCCGCCGUGCGCCCCAGGCCGCCUCUGCCGGCGGCCCCUCCAACCUCUUCGGGAACCCCAUGUACUUCGUCAACCCCGCGCCCAAGUCUCCUCCAGGCUCCGACACCACCGCGGGGCUCUCCCGGGAGUGCAGGCCCCGGGCGUCCGGGAGGUUCCGGCAGGACGUGCAGGACGCCCUGGAGGGCGUCAGCUUCAUAGCGCGCCACAUGAGGAGCGACGACCAGGCCCAGAGUGUGGUUGAAGACUGGAAGUAUGUGGCCAUGGUGGUCGACCGGCUGUUCCUGUGGGUCUUUGUGUUUGUGUGUGUCCUGGGCACCGUGGGGCUCUUCCUGCCCCCCCUCUUCCAGACCCACUAGCUUUCCGAGUGGGCCUAGGCUGCUGACGUGCCCAUGGUCCCCUGGGGGAGAGAGGUGAGAGCUGAGCGUGGACACGGAGGCUGUCUACUGCUAGGUCAGGGCUGGUGAGGCCCUCAGUGGACAAGUGACAUCGGCCACGGCCCCCAUCACUGCAGCCAUGCUGCCAGCGACACUAUCUCUUCGGAGUGCCUUGGAGAGACCCCCUGCAGGUGGACAUGGCCAUGGAGAACUUCCCACAGACCGGGCUUCCUGCACCAGCGCUGGGGAGGACACGGCUGCCCGCAGCAACUCCGUCUUGUGCACAUCUGCCCAUGCCCUGGCCCAUCCCUGCAUCCUUGGCAUCCCCACGCUCCGGGGAUGCUCCUGGUCUCAGAGCCCUUACCUGUGGCUGUGCUCUCCAGUCACCUCCUCUGAGCAGCCCUCCUUGGUCACCCACGGAGAGGGAACUCCAUGAAAGCAGAAUCCACAGGGCCUGGGCAG